AUGAGAGACAGAGGCAAAGCAGGGGUGACCGACGGCCCCCAGGACUUCAACUUCUCGGCGUCGUCGGAGACACCGUGCCGGAAACACCCAAACCAAUCGGCGGCCGUCGGUAUCUGCUCUGACUGCCUCAAGGACCGGCUGCUCCGAUUGGUCUGCUCCGACUGCGGGGAACAGAGGCUCUCCUCCUGCUCCUGCUCCUGCUCCGACGGCGUCUCCUCCUCCUCCCACCGCAACUCCUACUGCUCCGCCAUGGACGUCGCCCGCGUCUCCUUCCUCAUCGAGAACGACAAGGCCCCCGAUAAGCCCCGAAAUCGGAGCCAAAAGCCGCCGGAGCAGGGUAUUUUCCUGCAGAGGAGCAGCAGCAGCUGCGUGGAGGUGCGGAGGAGCCGCGGCGGAGGCAUAUGGCGGAUCAAGCACCUCUUCCGGAGGAAAAAGUCUAAGGCGGACGUCGAUGACGUCAGGAGCGAGAUCUGGGUCCCGGAGGCGGUGGGGAUCUCCAGAUCUAGAUCUCUGUGCAGCUUCAGGGACGAAGACGGCCGCAGGAGCGCGCUCUCCAGCGCUAAAAUCUCCGACGUCGCUGGCGGCGUCUUCCUCGAGCCGAGGAGGAGCGGGCCCCAGCGGGGUCUCUUCCCGGCGAGGGAGAGUGACUUUCGCGCCAUGGACGAGUCGGCCUUCAUCGACCUGCGGGUCGACCCGUCGGAGUUUUGGGGCAGGAGGAGGAGCUGCGGCUCAGAUCACGGCGGCGUCGAGCAGUUUGGGGUCGGAUUUGGGAAUACGAAGAGUUGUGGGGGUCCUUGCAGGAUUUCGGCGGAGGAAAGGGGCGGGAGGAGGAGAAAGCUCUGGCAAUGGAUUCUCAACUAUCAUCCCGCCCAUCACACCACCAAAAAAUAA